UGGUGGAGAGAGAGAGAGAGAGAGAGAGAGAGAGAUUCCCAAUACAAGUCUGGAGAUGUUCGUCUGAGGCUCUGAUUGUCCUACUCUGAGCUGAACUGUAAAGAAGGGAACAAAAGAGUCAAACAGAGACGAAGAGAAAUAGAAAGAGAGAAGAAGAGCGAAAAAGGAAAAGACAGAGAAAGAAGAAGAGUGAGAAGAAGAGUGAGAAGAAGAGUGAGAUUUCAGUCAUGAAGCCCUGCACAUGGAUCAGCUCAGUGACGUUCCUGCUGUAUGUUCUCCCUGCUUCUGCUGCGUCCAGGCAAAGCAGGCAGGUCGGAAAUCUACAGGGUGUGUGUCGCUACGGCAGUCGUCUGGAAUGUUGCUACGGGUGGAAGAAAAACACAAAAGGCCAGUGUGAAGCUCAAUGUGAAUUCGGAUGUAAACACGGAGAGUGUGUGGGGCCCAAUAAGUGCAAAUGUUUCCCGGGAUACAGCGGAAAAGCAUGUAGUCAAGAUUUAAAUGAAUGUGGUUUGAAGCCUCGUCCCUGUGAGCAUCGUUGCAUGAACACCUUCGGGAGCUACAUGUGCUACUGUCUGAACGGAUACAUGCUAAUGUCUGACGGAUCGUGUGCAAAUUCGAGAACAUGUUCUGUGGCUCACUGUCAGUACGGCUGUGAGGAGGUUCAGGGGGAAAUCCGCUGCCUGUGUCCUUCAACCGGUUUACAGCUCAGUUCAGAUGGAAAAACGUGUGUUGAUAUUGAUGAGUGUGUAGCUGGGAAGCACCAGUGUCUGUACAACCGUGAGUGUGUGAACACCUUCGGGAGUUACUACUGCAAGUGUCCAUCAGGUUACGAUCUGAAAUACAUCAGCGGGAAAUACGACUGUGUCGAUAUUAACGAAUGUCUCGCCAACACUCAUAAAUGUAGCCGUCAUGCCGAGUGUUUAAACACCGAGGGGUCGUACAAGUGCAAGUGCACACAAGGUUUCCGUGGCAACGGCUUCGAGUGUUCAGUAAAACCCUUCUAUCACAGCAGCUCCUGGGACUCAGAUAAAGGAAGCGCUGAUGAGGUUCAGAACGUUAUUCCAGAAAUCCUUUCAAAGCCACGUGUUCUGGGAGGGAAAUUGGAUAACGUCAUUCCUGAGCCCGAGGCCACGGUCCCCAACCUGCACCUGCAGCCCUUCGAUUACGACGGAGACGUUUACAUCGGACAAGGAGAGGAAGUGACAUCACUGAGUCCGACUGGAGAGGAGGAGGAAGGAAAUGGAGUGGAUGGUGAGAGGCUGACCCCUCGUGGAGAUGUGUUCUUUCCUGAUGUGGUCUUCAGCCGAGGAACUGAGUUCAAGGAGAUAAAAGCAGCUCCUCUCCAGGAGAGAUUCCUCACAGACUGUGACUUUGACUCGGGGGAGUGUGAGUGGGUUCAGGAGCAGGAUGAUGAUGUGGACUGGAUCGUACGUUAUCACCAGAACGGGCUGCAGUAUUACAUGGCGCUGAGUGGAACUGUGGGUAAUCGGAGGGAGCAGGCCCGGCUGAAGCUCCUCCUCAGUGACGCUGUUCGUCUCAGAAGCUUCUGUGUGAGAUUCAGCUACAGACUUCCGGCGCUGCACACGGGAACACUCCGAGUCCUGACGGAAAACGGGAAAUCCCACUCGGUUCUGUGGGAAGGGACACGCGGCCUGGACCAGGGCUGGAACACGGAGAACCUGGACGUCACCUGGAGCGACAGAGCUCCUGAAUCGGUGGUGUUUGAGGGAACGUUGGAGAAGCUGGUCCGUGGUGAGAUGGGCCUGGACCAUGUGGUUCUGAUGUCAGGGAGCUGCAGUGAUGCUGAGGACAAACUGCUUUAGAGAGAAACGUCUCUGAAGAUCAUCAUAUAAUUCAGUUAUAAAUCCUGUAGUGAAGAGAAAAAUCUGAAUCAUGAACAAAUAUGAAUUUCCUGAAUUACAAUCAUUUUUUACAUCUAAAAGAAGGUGAUGGAGAUACAUGAUGAUGUUUUCUGGAGAAAGAAGGUGAGCAGGUUGAGGGACGUUCACCAAGAGGAAAUAAAACAUUAACAUGGAUUUCAUUCUGACAAUAAAGAAAGAAAUCAUUUUGUUUUUUCA